AUGGCUUACAAACUUUCAUUGGUCUUUUUGUCGUUGUUUAUCCAUGCUACUGAAGCAUCUAAGCCAUGCGGAGUGUUGACCACAUGCGCUGUAGAAAAAUGUCUUGAUAAAGAAGUUGUUGAUAAAAUUGUGACAAGCAGUCCACGCGACCAAUUAUUUGGAAAACUUGUUGAACGUUUUGACCUAGUUUGCAUUGCCGCCAAAUGUAAUAAUGAGUGUCAAUCUUGUAAGGCUUGUCAUUAUGCUUUGGAGCAAAUGAACGCAUUGGCUCAAGGAGAAAAAACUUCUGGUCUAUGCCCAAAGUUAGAGAAUUGCGUUGAGACAUGCAUAUCUGAGGAUUCUGAGAAGGUUAUUUCAUGCAUUAUCAAUAGAUGCAACGUUCAUUGUUAUGAUGGAGAUUGUCCAUCAUGCAAAACAAUUUCAAGAAGAAUGUUCACUCUUAUUUGCAAUGAAACUGGCAUGAGAGCUCUCCCAAAUAUCAGAUUCGAAGGAACCUGUCCAGCUUUAUUCGCUGCAAUGUCCGAAGAAUAUGUUGCAAAAAGAAGAAGAUUCAUUUAA